AUGGAGCAGCUAAAGCCAAGCCCCCCAAAUUCCUCCCCUUUAACGCCGCUCACGUUUUUGGAACGCGCGGCCACCGUCUACGGCGACUCCCCUUCCGUCAUCUACAACUCCACCACCUACACAUGGUCCCAAACCCGCCGCCGCUGCCUCCAGCUCGCUUCCUCCAUUUCCUCCCUCGCCAUCCGACGCGGCGACGUCGUUUCCGUCCUCUCCCCCAACACCCCCGCUAUGUACGAGCUCCACUUCGCCGUCCCCAUGGCCGGCGCUGUGCUUAACACCGUCAACUCCCGUCUCGACGCCAGAACCGUAUCAUUAAUUCUCCGUCACGGCGAGUCCAAGCUCCUCUUCGUAGACGCCGGGUCGGCGUCUCUAGCCCUCGAAGCCCUCUCUAUGUUCCCUAACGACAAGCCGCCGCCUCGUCUCGUCCUGGUCAACGACGAUGACGUGGCAGACGUAUUACCUGCUGCCGUUCAUUUUAUCGGUACGUACGAAGAUUUGGUAACCAAGGGUGACCCGGGGUUCGAGUGGGUUCGACCGGUUAGUGAAUCGGACCCGAUGGUCUUGAAUUAUACAUCCGGGACCACCUCGGCUCCCAAAGGUGUGGUCCACUGCCACCGUGGCAUUUUUCUGAUGGCACUCGACUCACUGGUCAACUGGUCUGUCCCGACUCGUCCGGUCUACCUGUGGACCCUUCCCAUGUUCCACGCGAACGGGUGGUCCUACACGUGGGGGAUGGCUGCGGUUGGUGGGACCAACAUCUGCCUACGCAAAUUUACCGCACCCACGAUCUUCACGCUGAUCGAGAACCAUAGGGUCAUCCACAUGUGUGGUGCGCCCGUGGUUCUCAACAUGUUAACAACCAACUCAUCCACAAACCCAGAAAACAAACAAGAGCUGCUGACCCGCCCGGUUCAAGUCUUGACCGCAGGGGCUCCCCCACCUGCCUCGAUUCUCCAUCGGGCCGAGUCACUUGGCUUCGUGGUCAGCCACGGAUACGGGCUGACCGAGACUGCCGGAGUGGCGGUCUCGUGUGCGUGGAAGAAGGAAUGGAAUCAGUUUCCCGCCGCGGAGCGGGCUAGGCUGAAGUCGAGGCAAGGGGUUCGAUCGGUGUCCAUGACCGAGGUGGCGGUUUUGGACCCCGAUUCCGGGUCACGGGUCGAACCGGACGGAUUGGCGGUCGGGGAAGUGGUGAUGCGAGGCCCAUCGGUGAUGCUCGGGUACUUAAAAGACCAGGUGGCGACGACCGCGUGCAUGAAGGAGGACGGGUGGUUCUACACGGGUGACGUGGCGGUGAUGCAUGCGGACGGGUAUUUGGAGAUAAAGGACAGGUCGAAGGACGUCAUCAUCAGCGGCGGGGAGAAUCUGAGCAGCGUGGAGGUGGAGUCCGUGCUGUACGGGCACCCGGCGGUGAACGAGGCGGCGGUGGUGGCACGACCUGAUGAAUUCUGGGGGGAGACGCCGUGUGCGUUUGUGAGCUUGAAGAAGGAGUAUGAUCAUGAAUCAAAAAGGAUGCCGAUGACGACGGAGAAGGACAUAAUUGAGUACUGCAGGGCGGCGCUGCCGCGUUACAUGGUGCCCAAAACGGUCGUGUUUAAGGACGAGCUGCCGAAGACGUCGACGGGAAAGAUUCAGAAGUUCGUGCUCAGGGAAAUUGCGCGGGCGAUGGGGUCGCCGUCGUCGUCGACAUUAUCAAGCAAAUUGUGA